GCUUCGCAAAACACACACAUCAAAGCACCACGAAAACAUGGAAUCCGACGAGCGACCGGCCAAGAUCCGCAAGCUCGGCAGUCAUCAUGACCGCGAUUCGCUGCCUCAGAAUUCAGAUGCCGCUAUGCAAGACGCUGCCCCGGAUGCUGGUAUCCCAUCACCACCACACGCUACCACCACACAACAGAUAACUGAUGCCACCGAGUCCACCUCAUCAGUCCAACCACCAAGCCUCUCCUCCGCUGGCGCAACAACAACUACAACUCCUUCCGCACCCACUGCCACCGCGCCCCUCGAAAAUACACCUCUUCAACCUACAACAGCAUCCACAACCACCACUGAAGCAACCACUCCCCCAAUCUCAAAAUCAAUGCAAAAGAAACUUCGCAAACAAGCAGAAUGGGACGCCAAAAAAGAAGACCGGAAAAUCUGGCGCAAAGAAAAGAAUCAAGCCAAAAAAGAACGUAAACGCGAAGAACGCCGCACAAACCCAGAUGCCUUUUUGCAAAAGCAAAAGACUUGGGUGCGUCCUACAAUGCUUCCCAUAACUCUUCUUAUCGAUUGCGAUUUCGACGCUUUGAUGAGGGAUAAUGAACGUAUUUCUUUGGGAGGUCAGCUUACGAGGUGUUAUUCUGAUAAUAAGAAUGCCCCGUUUAGAGCUCAUCUUGCCAUUUGCAGCUUCAAUGGACUUUUGAGGGAGAGGUUUGAUGGUGUGUUGAAUAAGAGUUAUUUGAAUUGGAAGGGGGUCAGGUUUUUGGAUGAGGAUUUUGUGCUUGCGAGUGAAAAGGCAAAGGAGUGGAUGAAUGACGACAAGAAGGGUGGGAAGUUGGCGGGUGUGUUUGGGAAAUACGUGCCCGCUCAACCCGCCGCCAUCGAGGAAGCACAAGUAACCGCCACCAGCCAACCCAGCACUGAUGCCAAUGGAGGAGCUGAAACGAAAACCGAGGAUGACCAAACCGAGGACGUCAACAAAACCGAGCACACCAAACCCGAAGACACAAACCCUCAAGCCGCCAAACCCACAACUCCCAAGAACAAACAACCCGUCUACAUGAAACCCUCAUCACUACCCCCAGCAGACCUCUCAGCCCUCCACGCCCAAGCCGAAACAAUCUACCUCUCCGCCGACUCUGACCACACCCUCACCGAGCUAAAACCCUUCAGCACCUACAUAAUCGGCGGCCUCGUAGACAAGAACCGCGAAAAGGGAAUCUGUGCCGCCCGCGCCCAAGCCGCCGGUAUCAAAACCGCUCGCUUGCCCAUUGGAGACUACCUAGCCAUGGCGAGCAGAAAAGUGCUUACUACAAACCAUGUGCAUGAGAUUAUGUUGAGAUGGCUGGAAUGUGGGGAUUGGGGUGAGGCGUUUAUGAAGGUUAUUCCCAAGAGAAAGGGAGGGCAAUUGAAGGGCUAUGCCGGGGAAGGUGGGGAGGAAGAUGACGAGGGAGAUGCUGAUGAGGAAAACGAUCAUGUGGAAGAGGUAGAGGAACAAGAGGAAGAAGAUGCAGAAGAGGAGAAUAAGCAAGAAGAACAGCAACAUGAGUUGAAGAGGUUGCAGGAGAUCAAGGAUAAAGAGGUUUAAUUAGAAAGAUUUUCGAUAGGCUUGGAAGCAGAUUAAUAGUCGUCAGGAAUCAAAGACGUAUUUUUCGGGUUCACUUGGAA